AGCACUGCGGUCACCUCACCCGUGUCACAAUCCCUCUCCUACAACGACCCUAGGUCGCGCGCGCACAGACAGAGAUAGGGCAGUAAGCCAUGUUGCACUCUCGGCCGGCUCCGUUAGGAUGGCUGACUGGCCAGGCUCUCGAACAACCUACCAAAGACGUCGAUGGUAUUACCUGAGGUGUCGCGGCCGAGCCUGCUGGCCUGCCUCGCGACACAUUGACUUCGUUGGCCGCGGCCCGCUCGCAUUCGCGAGCGCGUUGGCUGCAGCCGCCCCACAAGCAAGCUACAAGCCCGUCUGCGCAGCUCCAACCUCCUUGCGGGUGAGUUUUCCCAGCUUUUGGCCAGGCCUCUCCGAGUCGGGGAUGUCCGGGAACCUGCCUGUAGCUCCCCGGUUGCCUCAGCUCUGCACUGCUCAUCAAGAGCUGCCCAUUGACGCGCGCGCUCGACCCCCCCAAGAGACCAUUUCUUCCAAGGUGACUGACGCGCCAAGCAGUCGACGUCUCGUCUGGCUUUCGACACCAUCCCCCAUCCCCCGCGCUGUCAAGGCCGCUCCAGCGACUGCGCCUGAAGAGGUGAGGGUGGUGUGCAGAGUGCUCAGCGAUACAUUAUAGCCAGCGCAGGGCACAGCGACCUGGUACAGCGGCAGCCGGCAGCGCCUCCUUGACCAGGCCGGCGCGUUACUGGGGUCGCCUUCCCUUCAAACUCUCAUUUGGAACUUUAUUAUAGCCCCCCGGCUCUGCGAGAAGCUAGGCUCCCCUGCAACAGGCCGUGUGCCCAGUUAGGGCAACAACGGGCCCGCUAGUCCUCACGUGGAGGGCAAGGGCCGCCAGUAAUUCUGGUGCCGUUCAACACCCCUCGUCGAGGGUGGCAGGGCCGCUACACCCACGGCAAUGGGAGGCGGGCGAGCCGGGGGGAGGCGGGCAUCCUAGCUGCCGCCCGGUGCUGUAGCACCGUGUCACCGUGUAUGGGCAGCCGUAUAUUUCAUGGUGAAUCUCAGACGUCGCGCUGGGAGUGCUGUACAUGAGUUAUUAUUUCUGGCGCAAUAGCGAAUACCAGUACGCUGCAGACUGCAGCACUAGGCCCGUUCGAUCAGCCCCGCUGAUGAACGCGGUAGGCUAGGAUGGCGGUACCAUCCUGGUUUUUGGACCCUAGGCUCUGAGGCUCUCAGGCAGGGUGGGAUCUUCAUGGCCGGUGACGGCGUGAGGAGUAGCGCAGUGCUUUGCGGUGCGGACCCGCAGGGCGUUUGCAGUAUCAUUUGGGAAUUUGUAUUGGGCAUUUGGCAGCGGUUUCGGCAAAAGCAGGCUAGGUGGGUCUGUGAUACCAGAGCAAGGCUGACGGCACCAACACAGAUGCGACCGCGCCUCUUCCCAAACGCAACACCGCCACUUCCCUACCCCGCCACCGCCCAUCCAACUGUACCGCCAUCCUCCAACCCGCCGCCGCCACCUAUGCCAACUCCGACCUGCCGCCGCCAUCAACCCAACAUCGUACCGACUCCAACCUGCGUCGCCCACCAAAGCCCGUAUCACCUCCAACCCGCCACCGCCCACCCGACUCGACACUGCCACAAACUUGCGAUUACCUCGGCAACAGCGACCGCAAUUCGGCUGCCCCAUUUCUCUGACCCUCCGUCGCAACCCCCGCCGUCAACCAUCGCAUCGCAUCAGUGGAAGCACACCAUCUGCAAACCACGCCGCGGCCAGUCAAACGCAUCUCAUCGCAACAGUACUGCACCAUCAUCACGUAACGUAUGUUGUGGAAGUCUCAACCUACAACCUGUUCCGGAGUGUAGAUGUACGGGGGAUCUCAUGAAAGCGUGCAUGCUUAGUGGGCGUAAAGUUUGGAAAGGGCUUCUUGCAUGUUAGCUGGAAGCUCUGGGUUGCUCUCUGUUGUGCUGCUAUGGCCUGCCACAGAGUUGCGAGCGUCAGCGUGGUGGUGGUGGUGGACACGAGGAGCAAACGCGUCAAGGUGAUACAUCUCUUCGCUUUGUUGUAGGGCAAACGGGUAUUGCCUGGCUUGUUUCGCCCAUUGCUUGCAAGUGUACGCAGAGUGCCAAACGUGCAAAGAACACGAGACUGAUAGCGCAUGGCGUAUGCGGUAUGUUCUGCAUGCACGGGCUGAUGGUUAAAGCUGGCAGUCCGGGGUAUUAUGUGGAACAAGGCAUCUCGUAGCUGCAUGUUUGUGCAAUCAUUGCCGUAUCUAAGCAUCUGCGCAGAAGCUCUUUCAUGACAAGCGGUCUGCAGAAUCACAUCCAGUGGGUGGAAAUGGGUUCAUCACAUGGAGCAUCGAACAAUAGGGCUGCGAUGUGGUUGGGCACCUUCCUGUGUUUGGUGUUCCGCCCCCUUACUGCGUUGCAGAACAGCAUGCAAGUAAUGCGUACACGGUCCUGUCUCAAAAGUGGUAUGGUCCUGUCAUUAUAAUUUGGGCAUUUGGGCUUAUGCAGAAGAGGCUGACGGGACAGGAAAUCAGGAGUCGGUUGCAUCUGCGUUGCACGCCCCCCUUCGCGUAUGCCCACACCACACAGGAAGCCACCUGAUAAGAUUGGCACCUGCCAAAGAAGUAAGGGCAUUGAUUACACGCAAUUGCUGAAGGAGUACGAGCAUUUAGUACAUGCUGGAAAUUUAGAAUGGCAAAGAUAUGCGUUGUGGGUUUGUUCCCCUUGCUCCUUGUGGUAUGGUGGUGCUCUGUGAGCGCAGAAUAUUCAGAGUGAUGGCAUAACCGGCAGCAAUCGCAACAAUGGUAUGGAGUAAAAGCUUUGGGAGAUGGGAUUCGGCAUUUUGGAAACUGGGGUAUUAGAACUGGGUGCUGGGGAGCCGUCUGUGCCCCCUACCCUUUGCCACCAUUUCAGGUGCCUGGAGGAACCCUCUGGCGAACGCGUUUGGCAAGGCGCCCGUAGAUACAAGUGAGAACAGCUUCAUAUGAUGGCACGUAUCGUCGUAUGGUCGCCUGCCUCCCGUCCGCCGCUGCCCUCCUCGUCCUCCCUGCGCAACCAACCCCACCCACCCAGACCUGCGGCUGGCCAUGGCACCGAACCUGAAUUCGGACCUACCUACAACACGCGCAACACUGUGACCUGGUGCCAACCGCGUAAGCAAAAAAUCUGUCAGCAUCAUCGCGUGGCGUCUGGACCUCCGCUGUCGCCGCCUGCGUACCCCUGCCCUCGCCCCUGCCUGCGCGCCUGCUCCCUGUGCUGUGGCAACUGCAGUGUCAGCCUGGCGUGAUACCUCGCAUUUGAACAUAACGCCGUGGGCGCUGAAGCAGCGUAAGCAGCCUCUUGGCAAAUGGGCUUGGGACAUUUAUUGUGUGCUUGCACGCGGUACUUGUGCCCUGUCGUUGUUUCGCUGCUGGUGGCCCUUCCUUGCACCCCCCAGAACUUCACGCAAAGCAGCAGUGGGCUUCGUGAGGAAGCUAACAUGUCAGCAGUAAGCUAUCACGUCAGUGACAGUCAGACAGUGCACAUUGGGACAGUACUACGGCAUCUGCCUGCACGCCCCUUCCCGUCCUUCUGCCUCCGCCUGUGCCCCGUCGCCUUCCGCUGCCGCUGCACCCGCCGCCGCCCUCUGCCGCCGUCUCCCCCUUCCGCCCUCG